CUACACCUACAUACGGUGCAUAGCAGCCUGAUGCAUACAGAUCUGUACCGUAAAAAAGCCUCUCUUCAUGUUUCGAUGUGUAGCCUAUAACCAGUAUGGACUCACGUGCAGCACCAUCCGCGUCAUGAGACGCAGAUUGCACACUAGUAGUAGGCUACGAGUGCGUGAGGGAAGGAAAGGGCGCUCUCCAACCGGAAAAAAAUUAACGGGGGCAGGGAUAAGCUAUAUUGUCAACGACAUGCGAUAGCACUGAGUAGGUUCAUAUGAAGUACUAGGCUAUAGAUAAUCGUCCAAUAUAGCCUCCGGGAACUCGCAAGGAACAACGCCAAUAUACUGAAGACGUGAAAAGGAGGAGAGAUGGAUAUAAAGGAUCAAGGAGCUCAGAUGGAGCCGCUUCUGCCGCCGGUUCACAGUCCAGGGAGCGAGAGUGAAGCGAGGAAUGAUGAGGAGGCGGUACUGGACAGAGGUGGGACACGCUCCAUGCUCAACACCAACUUUGAGAAGGAGGAGCUAGAAGGCCACCGUACCCUCUACAUUGGCGUCCAUGUGCCGCUCGGCAGAAGGUCCCACAGACGGCACCGUCACCAUGGACACAGACACAGGAAGAGGUCCAGAGAAAGGGAUUCUGGGACGGAGGAUGGACGAGAGUCACCCUCAUACACGGACACUCCUUCCCAGAGGGUGCAGUUCUUGCUGGGGACGGAGGACGACGACGAGCAGCACCUCCCCCACGCUCUCUUCACGGAGCUGGACGAGAUCUGCCUUCAUGAGGGAGAGGACGCCGAAUGGAAGGAGACAGCCAGAUGGCUGAAGUUUGAGGAGGACGUGGAGGACGGCGGUGAGCGAUGGAGUAAGCCGUACGUGGCUACGCUCUCCCUCCACAGCCUGUUCGAGCUGCGCUCCUGCAUCCUCAACGGCAUCGUCAUGCUGGACAUGAGGGCCAACUCCAUGGAGGAGAUAGCAGACAUGGUCCUGGACCAGCACGAGUCGGGGAUGUCUCUGGGGGAGGACGUGCGCAGGAAGAUCAAGAACGCGCUGCUGAAGCGCCACCACCACCAGAACCAGAAGAAGCUGGCGAACCGCAUCCCCAUCGUUCGCUCCUUCGCCGACAUCGGCAAGAAGCAGUCCGAACCACACUCCAUGGACAAGAAUGGAGGUCAGAUGAUGUCGCCGCAGUCCCAGACGACUACCACAGAGGGAGGUGGCAGCAGGGAGAACAGCACCGUUGACUUCAGUAAGAUAGACCUCCACUUCAUGAAGAAGAUUCCACCAGGGGCAGAAGCCUCUAACAUCCUGGUGGGUGAGCUGGAGUUUCUAGAAAAGCCUGUGGUUGCAUUCGUGCGUCUGUGUCCUGCCGUGCUGCUCAACGGUCUGGCUGAGGUGCCCAUCACCACCAGGUUUCUGUUUAUCCUGAUGGGACCAAUGGGGAAAGGCCCUCAGUAUCACGAGAUCGGCCGCUCCAUCGCCACCCUGAUGACAGACGAGGUGUUCCAUGACGUGGCAUACAAGGCCAAGGAGCGCACUGACCUGGUAGCAGGCAUCGACGAGUUCCUGGACCAGGUGACAGUGUUGCCGCCAGGAGAGUGGGACCCCACCAUCAGGAUAGAACCCCCCAAAAAUGUGCCCUCUCAGGAGAAGAGGAAGUUGCCCCCGUUACCCAAUGGCGUCACAGACCUGGGAGAAGGAGAGGAACCCGGGGGCCAUGGAGGCCCUGAACUACAGCGCACAGGGAGGAUCUUUGGCGGCCUCUUCCUGGACUUGAAGCGUAAGGCCCCCCAUUACCUGUCUGACUACACGGACGCAUUGAGCCUGCAGUGUUUGGCCUCCUUCCUCUUCCUCUACUGCGCCUGUAUGUCCCCCGUCAUCACCUUCGGAGGCCUGCUGGGGGAAGCCACCGAGGGACGCAUAAGUGCCAUAGAGUCCCUGUUUGGCGCCUCCAUGACUGGCAUUGCCUACUCCCUGUUUGCCGGGCAACCCCUCACCAUCCUGGGCAGCACGGGGCCUGUGCUCGUGUUUGAGAAGAUCCUCUACAAGUUCUGCAAGGACUAUGGCUUGUCCUACCUCUCUCUGCGCGUGUGCAUCGGGCUGUGGACCGCCUUCUUCUGCCUACUGCUGGUUGCCACGGACGCCAGCUCGCUUGUGUGCUACAUCACGCGCUUCACAGAGGAGGCCUUCGCCUCGCUCAUCUGCAUCAUCUUCAUCUACGAGGCGCUGGAGAAGCUCAUACACCUGGGAGAUCACUACCCCAUCAACAUGAACAACGACCUAAACAAUCUUACACAGUACUCGUGUGUGUGCGUGAUGCCUACGGCACCCAGUAAUGACACACUGCAACACUGGGAGACGAACAACAUCAGCAGCACGCAGGUUGACUGGGGGAGUCUGGAUGUUCAGGGCUGCAUAAAUAUGCAGGGGCACUUUGAGGGCACUGCUUGUGGGCCCCAUGGCCCGUAUGUCCCUGAUGUGCUCUUCUGGUCAGUGGUGCUCUUCUUCUCCACCGUGGCCAUGUCAUUCUUCCUCAAGGAGUUCAAAACCAGCCGCUACUUCCCCACCAAGGUCAGGCAGGUCAUCAGUGACUUUGCUGUCUUCAUCACCAUCCUCACCAUGGUCCUGGUGGACUACGCCCUGGGCGUCCCCUCUCCAAAGCUGCAGGUCCCCAGCGUGUUUAAGCCAACCAGAGAUGACCGUGGCUGGCUGAUCAGUCCCUUGGGAAAUAACCCAUGGUGGACGGUGAUCAUCUCCUGCCUCCCAGCCCUCCUCUGCACCAUCCUCAUCUUCAUGGACCAGCAGAUCACUGCUGUCAUCAUUAACCGCAAGGAACACAAGCUGAAGAAAGGCUGCGGGUACCACUUGGACCUGUUCGUGGUGGGGGUGAUGCUGGGAGUGUGCUCGAUAAUGGGGUUGCCGUGGUUUGUGGCGGCAACGGUGCUCUCCAUCUCGCACGUAAACAGCCUGAAGCUGGAGUCGGAGUGUUCGGCGCCCGGCGAGCAGCCCAAGUUCCUGGGCAUCCGCGAGCAGCGCUUCACCGGACUCAUGAUCUUCACCCUCAUGGGCUGCUCCGUCUUCAUGACCUCUACGCUCAAGUUCAUUCCCAUGCCUGUUCUGUACGGGGUGUUCCUGUACAUGGGCGCCUCCUCUCUGAGGGGUAUCCAGUUCUUUGACCGUCUGAAGCUCUUUGGGAUGCCUGCGAAGCACCAGCCUGACUUCAUCUACCUGCGUCACGUUCCACUGCGGAAGGUCCACAUGUUCACCACCAUCCAGCUCAGCUGCCUCAUCCUGCUCUGGGUCAUCAAGACCUCCAAGGCCGCCAUAGUCUUCCCUAUGAUGGUGCUGGCCCUGCUGUUCAUCCGUAAGCUGCUGGACUUCUUCUUCGAUAAGAGGGACCUGAGCUGGCUGGAUGACCUCAUGCCAGAAAGCAAGAAGAAGAAGCUGGAGGACGCAGAGGAAGAGGAGGUCCACAGUGCAGUGCUGGAGGACGAGGGCGUAGUCCAGGUGCCUAUGGAGGGACACUAUAAGGAUGACCCUUCCACUGUUAACAUUUCCGACGAGAUGACAAAGGCCUCUUUUGGGAAUGUCUUUGAAGGCCUCAACACAGAGAACACCAAAAAAGACAUGACUUCAAAAAGUUUUCCCGGAGCGGUGAGCCGAAGACAUGAUCGCCAGAAAGAUGUCGAAAAAGGCUUGGACAGGGAGACCAGUUUGUGACAUCUUCCCCAUCACUGUUUUAUCACCUAAACACCCACAUACACACACACACACACACACACACAGAUAUGAACACGUAAUACCUACAUGCAUGUAUUAUUGUGCCACAUUCCAAAACUUCUAUGCGUUCCUUGAACAUUUGUCUGUCUCUGUACAAGUUGAGGAAACCAUUGAGUCUUUUUCCAUGGUCUUUUUGUGCGAGUAUGGUUGUUUGAGUGUUUGUGUUUUUCUGUGUGCGAGUGGGUGGGUGCGUGUGUCUGUGAUGUAUUGGUACUUCUAGUGGAUAGGGAGAGGACACAGGAGUGUAUCAGUGUGAGGUUUCACGCUGAAUAAUGGUCCAAUGACAUUUUCAAAAGCUUUUGUUUUUUCAAAUGAAUAGUAUGUAUUUUGUAUGUUUUUUAUUUUUAGACUUUAGAAUAUUCUCCUUUUAAAAACUCGUCUCGUAUGAAAACUAUAUCCAAUUGUUUUGUUUUUUUAAUGUACGUAGCUUAUUUUAGAGUGCUAGACGUAGAAACUAAGAAGCGUACUCGAUAGAUAUUGUGUUUCCGUCUGAAAUGUCCAUGUAACAAAUGUAUAUCACGCAUUAAGUUACUGAAACCUUUGCAAUUAUAAUGAGUGUAAACUGUCAGUAUAUUAGCACUAUAUUUCCAAAAGUAUGUUCUUAAAUUCUUUGUGAAGUACACCUUGAGUGCUUCACCACAUCCAUAAUUUUAUAGUAGAUGCUUGCCAUUUUAUUUAAUUUCUUGUGGCAGCAUCUCUGCCAAAACUCACUGUCUAUCUUUCAUUUUAGUUUUAACUUUUUGUCUUCUUCUCUCAUCCAUACCAAUCUCAGCUGUUGUAACCCUGUUUUGGGAGUUGUAAAUUGGCAUGUUUUGAAUGCAGAAUAACUAACCAUGUACAGAUUAUGAGGGGGUCGGGGGUCAACAGUACAUAUAGUAUAUAGAAAGCUUACAUAUAUAUUUUGUUUAAAUGGGAUUUAAAAAAAAAGAACGGUUAUGCUGUUACGCGUACUGUUCCAUCCAUGUUGUCGCUGUGUGUAAAUGCCAGUCAUGUGACUUUACCUCUCCAUACAAGUUCCUGAUUGGCUGCUGAGAUUUCCUACUCUGAUCAAACUCUGUUCCAUAAAUGUGUAUAACUGUAUCAAACCUGCUGUAUGUUAUGGUCAGAGAGAGAAAGAAGGCGAGAGAAGGAUGCAAUAAUUCUUUCAUAAGAGGGCAUUAUAUCAAGUUAAAAAAUGACAUUUUAAACAUAUAUCUGUACAAUCCAUGUUGUAUUUUUCUCCAUGUAUAAAGUGUCAUGACUAACAUGUCUAUAUGUAAUUUAAAACUGAUUUAGAGGAAGUAGUGUGGAAGUAAUGGGCCACUUCUCUUGGCUUCUCAUAUGCUUGAAACUGUCCCAAGAGGCAGGCACUAGAUUUUUGUUGAGUAAAAAACAACUGUGCACUUUCUCGUUUUUUUUUUUUUUUUGCAACAGAUUAUUUGACUAUACCUUCAAAGCGAUACUGAUGUUGCGUUCAAAUCAGUAUUGGCUUGUAGAAAUAAUUGUUUUCAUUGUUGAUCGAGUCUCACUUACAAAUGAAAAAAUGUAUUGUCGUCAUUGUGACUUUUUCAAAAAGUACCUGUGAAAGCUAAUAAAGCUGAAUAACAUUGA